AUCUGUGGCCCGGCACUACUUAUCCACACCACAAACAAAUCAGCACAAAAUGCACAACCGAGCUCAAUCAUCACUUGUACACGUGUCACACCUUCCUCAUCUUAAUUUCUUGCAACAACCUCUCGCAUCUCAAUUUCAAUUUCCUUCUUUCCUUUCCGCUCAGCCUUAUAUUACUACUCCCACUUGUUGUUAAAGCAAAAUGAACAAUUGAGAAUAUUAGGUGAAAAUAUGGGAACAAAUUAGUGCUUCCUAAGAAAAAAAUAAAAUAAAAUAAAGGGGGAAUUAAUUCCUUCCCCCAACAUGAAUUGAUUAUAUUAUCCAAAAUCCAAUUCCAGUAUCCGAAUAAUCCUUUUUCUUCAACACGUUUCACUUCCAAUUAGGCAAAAUCACUUAAUGCUUGCUAUUAUGCCACUGGUGAACUUGCAUUUUCGCUUUUGAUUUUCAAACGCUAAUUUCGCACUGCCAGAAUCUGAUUCUUCACCAUCGCCAUGUCUAACGCUAUUUAAUCAGUAGUUAAUCACUGCACGAUGCGAAUUCCUAAGAGGCUCUUCUCAUUUUCUCUCUCUAACUUCUCUCCUCAUCUAGUUGCGCCUCUUUUAUCUUCGCGGAUUUGCUUUGCGUUUGGAACUUGCGGUAAACCUUGUCGUAGCUUCGUCAACAUCGCAUCACCAGGUGCUAGCAAGUUGCAUUCUCAAUAUUCAAUGGAUGAGAACCACGAUGUUGGUAUGCAUGACUCAAAAUCAAUUGGCAGGGGUAGGGAAAAGCAGCCACGUGUAUGGUCAUCUUCUCCUGAACAUGGGUCUAGAACUGAUAUAGGCAAACAGAUAUUUUGUAACCGGUCAUUGAAUAUGAAGAACAUUGUUGCUGUGGGAUUUGACAUGGAUUAUACUCUGGCACAAUACAAGCCUGAAACUUUUGAGUCUCUUGCUUAUCAAGGCACAAUUAAAAAGCUGGUUUAUGAUUUGGGAUAUCCUAGCGAGUUACUAAAUUGGUCUUUUAACUGGAAGUACAUGGUCAGGGGCUUGGUUCUUGACAAAAAAAGAGGAAAUAUAUUGAAGAUGGAUCGGCACAAAUAUGUGAAAGUAGCCUAUCAUGGAUUUAAAGAAUUGUCAAAAGAAGAUAAAGUUGGGACCUAUGGGAAUACUUUAGUACGCGAUUCAUUUGACGAGCCAGACUAUGCUCUAAUUGAUACACUUUUUUCUCUUGCGGAAGCUUACUUGUUUGCUCAACUGGUUGAUUUUAAGGAUUCUAAUCCUGGAAAUAUUCGAGAGGGCGUUGAUUAUGCUCGCAUGUAUAAAGAUGUUCGAGCUGCUGUUGAUUUGUGCCACCGUGAUGGGACGUUGAAGCAAAUGGUUGCUAAAGAUCCUGGAAGGUAUAUCAAUGAAGACACCAUGAUAGUGCCCAUGCUUGAAAUGCUUAGAGAAUCUGGACGUGCAACAUUUUUAGUGACAAAUAGUUUAUGGGACUAUACAAAUACUGUCAUGAAUUUCCUCUGUGGAUCCAGAAUUGUAGAUGGCAGUAACAAUUUUGAAUGGCUUCAAUACUUUGAUGUGGUUAUCACUGGCAGUGCAAAGCCAGGAUUUUUUCACGAGGAAAAUCGUGCCAACCUAUUUGAGGUUGUGCCUGAGACUGGAAUGCUUCUCAAUACAGAUAAUGGCUCUCCGAUGCCUCAGGUGGGGAACAUCUCGGCGAGAAUAUUCACAGAAGCAAAAAAUCAUGCUUGCCAAGCUUUCCAGGGAGGCAAUGUCGCUCAUCUGCAUAAGCUGCUUUCCAUUGAAUCAAGUUCACAGGUUAUGUAUGUUGGGGAUCACAUUUAUGGAGACAUACUACGUAGCAAAAAGGUUCUUGGAUGGAGGACAAUGCUUGUAAUCCCAGAGCUGGAGAAGGAAGUUAAACUCCUCUGGGAAUCAAGGGACACCCAAAAGGAGCUUCAGUUCUUGAGGAGUGAGCGUGAUCGCAUUGAGGAUGAAGUACAUCAUUUGAAGUGGUCUCUCAGAUUCAAGAACCCAGAUGCUGUUGCCAAGCAAAAGUUGUGUUCAGCACUUGAUAAAUUGGAGCUUGAAAGAGAGAGAAUGCGAUUAAUUCAUCAAGAAGCUCAAAGAAAAUUACAUCUAGGGUUUCACGAACCAUGGGGACAGCUUAUGAAAACUGGUUAUCAGAAUUCUCGCUUUGCUCAUCAGGUUGAGAGAUUUGCCUGCCUUUAUACUAGCCAAGUAUCUAACCUGGCGUUGCACUCUCCAGACAAGUAUUACAGACCCAGUGAAGAUUUUAUGCAGCAUGAAUUUGGUAUUCUCGGUUCUGCGCCACGAGAAACGUAAGUUUAGGAAUUUGGGGAUGCGUACCGUUGGGUUUGGAAAGUUGCAUUCUGAUCUGUUGUGCGUUUCGGGCUCUCAUCUCCCUUCUCAAGCUCAUUUUAGUAUUCUACAAGCGGAAAAAAGAUGCUAGAUUUAUCAUCAAAUGUUGUAUAGUUCGGUCCUCCCCUAAUGUGGAGGGUGCUAGUGUGCAGUAGCAAUUACAGAAAUUGAGUGCCAUUCAAAAAAAAAAUUACAGAAAUUGAGUGUCUUCGUUUAAUAUACUUGCAGAUGUCCAGUUACUUUGCAAAGUGUAAAUAAGUUUUCAUUGAUAUUCACUAUUUUUUUGAUGCAUCA